UUGUGCAUCAAUUGGUCACCGCCAGCCGCCCAGGCUUACGUACGUGCAAGUGUUGUGAGCGUGUUUUUGGUUUUUUAGUUUAGCACAUUUUGGAUUUAUUAUUUAUCUAGAAUGAAGACCUCAUAGUGCAGCACUCAGCAUGGUCGGCUACUUGUGGGCCGUCGUCGCGGUGGGCGUCUACAUCGCCGUCACAAAUGCCCAGAACAGCCAGAUCUGUCCGCCCAGAAGUGAGCUGGAGCCCUGCGCUUGCACACCCAAGAAGAACGGUCUGGACAUCCUCUGCGAGUUCACCGACCUUCAACACAUCAGCAAAGCCAUGGCGGUGCUGAAGGGGAAGCCCUCCAUCGUCAUCUUCUACCUCAAGCUGAGGCACAACAACCUUCCCAAGCUGCAGAGCUUCGUGUUUCUCGGGGUCGACAUAAGACAUCUGACCAUUCACAAUAGUUCCUUGUCGGUCAUUGAGGAGUCCUCUCUUAGCUCUAUGGGUAAAGGACUUACUCAGCUGGAUCUGUCCCAGAACAAGUUAAAUCUAGUCCCGUCUCCAGCGUUCCGCAAUCUUCACCACCUUCUAAUACUGAACAUGAACCAUAACCGUGUCAACGCGCUGCACUCCAAGGCUUUCGAGGGGCUGGACACCCUUGAGAUUCUCACCCUCUACGAGAACAAGAUCACCAACAUCGAGAGCGACGCGUUCAAAGGAUUAGACAAGAAGCUAAAGCGACUGAACCUCGGUGGUAACAAACUGACGAGUGUUCCGCAAGAAGCGUUCUCAAUUCUUGACACUCUCAAGAAACUGGAACUUCAAGAAAACAGCAUCACGUCAAUAACCGAGGGGGACUUUGAGGGGCUCCACAACCUGGAUUCACUAGGUCUGGCCCACAACCAUCUGAGGGAGGUUCCAGCAAGAGUGUUCUCACAUCUAACACAACUCAACUCACUAGAGCUAGACGGCAACCAGAUCACUCACAUUGAUGUUGACGCAUUCGUUGGACUUGAGGAGAACCUGCAAUAUCUCCGCCUCGGCGACAACAACCUUCACGAGAUCCCUAGUGAUGCUUUGCGUCGUCUGCAUCGUCUCCGUCAUCUGGACCUGAGGGCCAACAACAUCACAGUCAUCGCCGAGGACGCCUUCUCUGGCUACGGUGACUCCAUCACCUUCCUCAACCUGCAGAAGAACGACAUCAAGAUACUACCAGCUAUGGCGUUUGACAACCUCAACUCCCUGGAAACGUUGAACCUCCAGAACAACAAGUUGACUCACAUCCCCGAGGAGAUCAUGGAGCCCAUAGUGGACACGCUGCGAGUGGUCGACAUCAUGGACAACCCCCUCAUCUGCGACUGCCAGUUGCGCUGGUUCCGCGACUGGAUCAAGAACCUCAAGGACAAGGAUGACGAGAUGAUGCAGAAGAAGAGGACGUUGUGCACGAUGAUGCCGGAGCACCAGGAGUACUACGUGCAGAACCUGCCUCUGGACAAGAUGAACUGCGUCAGCAAAGGACUGAUACGCGGCAGAGCGUCAGCAGCAGUGGCCACUUGUAUGCUGCCCUACGUGCUGACGACCGUUGUGACGUGCUCAGUCAGACCGUGGACACUUCUCUAAGAGGUCAAAGUUCAACGAAAGUGCGCUGUGUCCAUCCGGAGACAUCGGUUUAUUCCUAGAACCAUAGACAAAUAGAAUGAAAUAUAGACAUCCGUGUUGUGGUUAGCACUAGUUCUGGCGUCCACGGCUAGGAGCGCGGUAUUAAGGCGCACGAGCUAUGCAACUACACGGCACUCCAAGUGGUGGACGCCAGAACUAAUGCUAGCCGCAGUAUGGCUGUUCUAUAUGUCAUUCUAUUUGUCUAUUCUAGUACGAAUGGUUUUGCACGGUUAGAUGAGAUUAAAUUCACAGGCAUCGUUAUAUAGUAAGAAGCAUAAUCGAUAAGUACCACUAAUCCAAGGUUGUGUAACCCCUUUACACUUUUAGUUUAGUUUCCUUGGAGGAUGAUAUUAUUUUAAUUUUUUUUUAAUGAUAAUUAACUCUUCAGCAGCCGUUUGAAACUAUCCAAGAUGGCCGCUUCAACGACUCUUACAUCUGCGUUCCUUUUAAACGCUGAUUACUCUUGUCAAAGGAGAAUGAUUCAGUUUAUAAGCGAUAAAUUAUUUGAUGCUAUCCAUCCUUUACGUGUUAAAUUAUUUUAAUGUUUUGUUUCUCAUUGGUAAAUUUAAAUUUGUUAGUAUCCAGAUUGAGAAGAAGGAAUUGGAUUAAGCAAACUUUACCAUAAAGCCUUUAUUAUUAUCAUUUUUUACGCCCCUUGCGAUCUUUUUCCGGAUAGCCACAGCGCAGUCUUCGGUGGAAGUGAGACUUUGAACAGUUUGAAACGACUCGGGAACGAAUUUUGACAAAUCAAAAUGUUCUGUCUUUCCGGUAUAUUUAGUCUUGGAGGAAUAGUUAUUUUAAUUCUAAACUGUCACAAAAGGUGAUGGACAAGAUAAUUUAAUUAUAAUCCUUACAUUAGGCUAUUAAGUGUUGAAACAAUUGCAAAUUUGCAGAUGUGUGAUUUUAAAAUUUAAAUAUUGUGUCAUAUCGAUUAACAAUGUUAACAUUGAGGUUAUAAGUAAUUGUUGCUUAUAUUAUUUGGAAUGAGCAUUGUCUAGUUUAUAUUUGAGGUUCGCUAGUGCUCUUUUAAUAUAUCACAUUAUCUUUACCUGUAUGUACAAUAAAUUUCCAAUUAAAUGUUUAGCAAUGAUAAUUUAAUGUUAUAUUGGUUUAGCCUAAACCGAAGAAAAAAAUAUCAACAAAUAAAGUUGUAACAAAAUACGACCUAACAAUGUAAACUAUUAAGUAACAAUUUACUAUGGCAAAUUAAGUUUUUAUUUAAUAUGAUAUAACUAUUUAAAAAUAUAUAAGUUUUAAUUAUCGAUUAGUCUAGAUUAUUGGCAAAUUUAAUAUAUUUUUAUUAGAUAAAUUUUAUACUUAAAAAUUUAAAUACACUAUACACCCUUCCAGAAUCGUUUCAAAAUUCCGAAAUUGUUUUGAAUAAUUAGCGAUUUAGGUACAUGUAUUUAGAAGACAAAAAAUUAUUUUCCUAACAUUACAAACUCAUUCCAAACAAAACAGCUAAGGUGGUUUGUAAAAUUUUUACACCACACUUCCAAAAUUGUUAACACAACAUUCCAUGGCAAAAAGUUGAUUUAUCUUAGAAACUAAGUUUGUUAAACCUCGUAAGUUUCGUUAAGUUAGUAGUUUAGUGCUAUGUUUUGUACAUAAUGGACACGACCAGAGAAUCAUGUUCAUACUAUAAGUGUUCUACUAGCUUAUGUGUAAUUUCUGCUUAGAAUAGAUUCCCAUAAUUUCUUGUGCUAGUGUUCUUUUUCCCAUCUAGCUUUGACAGAUUUUGACUUGCGAAAUCUUCGACGUUUCAAGCGAUGUAAAUAUUGUCGAGGCUCGAAACGAAUUUUUCGCUUACGUUACGUAGUUUAUGUAUAAAAAUAUGUAAAUGUAUUUUUUUAAUAACGUAAUUUAGGCCGCCGUGGCGGAAACGAACCAUUCACACACAUAUCGAAGCCCGGGUGUUGAGAUGCCUCUAAGGCCACACUACAGCCCGGGGUGACAUUUUAUACAUCUGUUGAAUUAAAAUUGUUAAGGGUUUAUGUAUACAUAUCAGUGGCAACUACACAUAUCUCGAUACAUAUCGUCUUUGGUGUAUAAUUCUAAGUGUGCGUGCGCGUUUGAAUCUAUCGUGUCUUACCAAUUAACUGUUUCACAUCUCGGUUGCAUUUAAGUGAUAACUGAACUAUGUAUGUGAUGUGGUUGAAAGAAUAAAUUAUUAUUGAAAGUU